AUGCCGAACGAUCGCGACCCAGAGAAACAAGACAACUCCAAAGACAAUAAUACCGACAAUCGAGAUAAAAAUACAAACAUGCCUCGUGAUCAAGACUGGGACGGCGAGAGCAACCCAUUCGUCGUCUUCCGGCGCUUCGCUGAUGAACAGGUCUCUUCACUACUCCAGUCCGUCACUGGACUCCCAUCGAACAUAUCGCGCCCUCAAUCAGACAGAUGGACUAUAUUUAACGAGGACAACGGCUACGAGGAAAGAAAAUACCGGGAACGCUCUGGUGGCGACAAUCCUGGACAUCGCAAUUACGCGCGUGACCAAGGCGCAGAAGGAUCUUCCUCAAGUGGCCAGGACAAUAACAACGGAGGCAACACAUCCGGGCCAUCGCAACCUGGGAAUCCCAACAAUCAACAUCCCCGGAAUACCCAUCAAGAAAGAAACCACAAUACCCGCAACGCGCACUCCGACUUCUUCGGCAUCGAGUCCGUUGUCGACCGGUUCGAGGAUCGAUUCUUCCCCUUCUCACCAUCAUUUCUCCACCCCAGCAAUCGAUACUUCUUUCCCGAUAUGUUUGAAGAAAGCAGCUCCCCGACCUGGCCCCUCACAUACAUCGCGUUUAGCCCCUACUCGCCUCUCCACCUCGAACAUCAAGCUCAUUAUCGCGCACAACGGGACCAGGGCGUCUUCUCCUCUAUAAUGUCUUCUUUCCAACCAGAAUCGGACCGCGAUCCAAAUGAGCCGCAAUGGCGUGAGGCAUUCGAGGAUCUGCUCCGCUUAGAAAACGGCAAGCCGAUGCUCGACAAUGAUACGCUGCAAGCCGGCAAGACCGAAAAUGGAACAGAAUGGCUGCAUGGCCUCGUGAAACGCGGGAGUCUGGGCGAUCGUUGGAAAUACUCAUCCGGGGGCUCGGAUAUCUCUCCUUGGUCUGGUAUCACUUUCACGGGUACGAGCCACAGUGAUGACAACCGUGCCUUGCCUGAACCGCGCCCCGAGACCGACGCCGAGAUCGAAAACAGAAAGCAGCUCGAGUCGGAAAAUCAAGAUGCUGACACGGAAUUGGAUAUGUACGAACGUUUCCUACACGACAUCGAGGAACGAGAGCAACAAGUCCUGCGGGGAGAAGUUGGAAGUCCCCUUGUUCGCUUCCUCCUCGAAGAGCGCCGUCGAGAGCAGGAACAGUCUCGCCGACAACAAUACGAUGAUGACCAGGGCACUGAGGAUACCGAAAGCUGGCUGGAUCUUGUAUCUGGCGGAAAUCGAAAAUCCGUCCCCGAAACUCCGCCCAACUUGACUGAGACGAAGCAGGCGGAUAUUUCGCAAGAAACCACACCUUCUCGCGUUAUAUCGACCAUGUCUCGGACCGAACGAACACGCUUGGCCGAUGGCUCUGUUGAAACUAAAAUUGUGAAGACCAAGCGCUUUGCCGAUGGCCGUGAAGAAACAGACGAAUCGGUUGAGGUUACUCAUCCACGCUCGAAUGAUGAGGGUUCUGGUGGGCCAGGAAAUCAGUCAAAGGGUGGCUGGUUCUGGAAGGACUAA